AUGAGCGAAAAGAUGGACCAUGCUGAAGGUCACCCCGACUAUCAGUACACUCGACGCAAACAAACUGAGAAGAAACGCCGUGGCUCGUCUCGUCCCGAAUCCAAGCCCACCAAGCGGUCUCGCACCCCGGCUGCGACAAGCACCGAAUCUGAAGUCGGCAGCUCUAUCCCUGACACCACCCUUUCCACAACCAGCGCUGAUCCCGAGACCCCGAACCACCAUCUCGCGGAUCUCGAAAGUGUCGUGGGUUCCGACGAGUCCGCCAUGAUGGACGGCCCCUACCGCUUCAGCGCCGCUGAGCUCGACAAUCUCAUCGCGGAGGUUGAGAGCGAAAACCAGCGCGCCAUGAUCUUUGCCUCGGCGAACUUCGGCAUGAACGAGAGACUUGCUGGCGAGCCUUUCGAGCUGUCGGACUUCCUGGCGGACAUCUACUGAAGCGAGGCGUCGAUCGAAGUGGUGAUGAUGCUCUCGCGACGUCGGAGGAGAGAGCGGCUGGGAACGGUCUGGAGCUGGCCUCCACACUGGUCCAGACUGCUCAAGCUCCCUGAUGAUGCUUGGUGCACUCGCUGCAUUCUACAAGAUAUCGGGGACGAGAAACAGAGGGGGAGACAAACGAGAGGGAGGGACGGACCGAGG